AUGCAGAUCCCCAGUGAGCCUCACCCAUGCCAAAACCAAACUCCUCUAGAAUUGGGUCUCAAGGCCUUAACUCCUGACCCCGUAAAAAACACAUCUCACAAAAGUUGUUCCAUGAUGCUCUCUGAUUUUCUCUCCCCAACUUCUUCUUCUGUAUUGUUUGGUGACUACAUUGGAAUGGAGAGCUCUGUUGAUGUGCUCAAGGAUAGUGAUGUACCAAAUGUGACCAAUUGUGCUGAUGGGCAGGGAUGUAAUUUUAGUCAGAAAUUAAGGGGCAAGAGAGAGCAAAAAUGGGCUAUGAAGAAUAAAGAGUUUCCUCCUCCUAUACCCUGGCUGGCUCGCACUGAGAAUUUACCUGCUCAUAUGCCUUGGGUGUUGAAGAGGCAUUACACUAGUGAUGGGAGGCUGAUUCUCACUGAGGAGAAGGUUAGGCAUCAUGAGUACUUUAGGGCUCAUAGGUCCAAUGGAAGGCUUACUUUGCAGCUUGUGCCACUUGAUGAUGAGAUUUUGAUUCCACCAUUUGUUUGUGAUGAGGGACCAAAUUUUGAUGAUCAUGAUGACGACGACGACGAUCAUGUGGUUGAGGAUCAAGAAAUUAGUGGGAUUGGGGGAUCACCAGGGAAAUGCUUCAACUUCAAUAGUUUGUUAAGAGGGUCACCUUGCAUCUUUGGAGUGCCAGUGCCAGCCAUCAGGCAUGUUCACAACUAA